GACUUUACUGCCAAACUAUCACAGGAAGUGAAAUUCAAAAGAAAGAAACGGGAAUUGUGCAAACAUGUUUCUCACAGAUUCCUAAUUACUUUGUUUCGAAAGUUGUCUUUUAUCCAGCAAUUUGGUCAGGACCAAACAAUUUCUUCAGGACGGCUAAAAGCCGAUAUAUGGAUAAAAUGUCUGUAUGUUAAAACAAUCAUAUCUUAUGGUAGUAUCCGCCUUUCUUUAUUACGACGUGUGAACUAGAGCUUCGCCUUGAAACUCGCUUCUCAUCCAGAGGUCAUUUAAGAGUGCAUCAUCGUUUUGACAUCAUGGCUGCCGAUAUUACUACUGCUGAUGUUUAUGAAGAUGCUUCUCUGAUAGGACAAGACAUCGAGAAAAUUAUCGACCGUUUUGGGCACGACGCAGUCAUGGACUUGAUGCCCAAGGUCAUUCGAGUGCUCGAGAAACUGGAGGUCGUUGUUGGGGAAAAGGAGAAGGAUAAACUGGAAAUUGCUGAGCUGAAACUUGAAAAUGGACGACUCUACUUGGAUAUAAAGCGAGAAGCGAACCAGCGGAGAAAAUUAGAUGAGGUAAGUUUUGAUACUCGCCUGCGUGAAGGCGCGAAAUGAGCAAUCAAUGCUCUUGCAAUGUCCUGCGACUCGUCGCUCGAAGAUAAUUUGUUUAUUUAAGGAGCUUGCAUUACUUCAUUUAGAUUUGUCUUCAGUCAGGGAGUAAGGUAAGCUAAAGAUGGUAAAGUGGAGAAAGAUUUACGAUUGUAGGAUUCGCUAAUGUACAAAUGGGACACCGAUUUAAGUUUACCGAAGCAACAAGUUGUUGUUUUGAGAAAGAUGACCUCAAUGAAAGUACACGUGUGUUUAACUAGAACUGCACUUUUCGCAAUCGGAGAAAGACGCAGGAAAAGCUAAUUAUACCGUAAAUUACAGCGAGCGACAAUUUGAUAGCAUAGGAUCGAAACCUAAUUCUUGCAUCCCGAGUAUUUCACAAAUAGUUUCUGAUAAUUUUUUUGGAGGUAAGAGAACACUUUACUGCGUAACUCAUCAAAUUUCAUAUCACAUGCCGAUAUUUUGUUGUUUUGUAUUCAAGUGUAUCUCGGGGGGUCUACAUAUGGAGUCAAUUAAAAGCUUGCGACGAUCAUAGUGAAAACAAUGGGCCAUCACCAAUAUUCAAUAUCAAUUAAUUACGCGAUAUUCUUGUCCCUCCUCAAUAAUAUCAUACUUGAGGAAUCAAAGACUAUUGAAAAAUGUCCCUAAUAUUCUUACUUCACCAAGAGCUAUGACUUUUGAUAAUGAAAGGGUUCUACUUUGAAUUCUCACGAAGAGAGCAUUUCCUGCCGAGUUCAUUGAAAUGAUACUUAGCAUAAAGCCGUCAAAUGUUUAUUAGGUUCAGACUGCGUGAAGGCCAAAUCAUUUAUACUCACAAAAGACUUUGUUGAGGGGGAAAAUGAAAUGCGGUUUACAUCCAAUAGUUUCUGCACUAGUUCUAGCUCUAGCUCAAUCCUAUGUUCAGGUUGGACUUCAACCUCUUUUAAGUUCGAUGCUGGAUAACAACACAUGACAGGGAAAUAUUUACAUUUACCUUGGUCAUGUUUGACAUGAAAGAUACUGUGAUCUGAUCUCUGCAAAGAAGGCUCACAUUUUAAUAAGACAAUUAAACAUAACCUAAAGAUGACAUCGACAAUACCUGGUUAUUGACUGAUUAGUCUUAUCACUAUCACUUGUGAAUUAUGUGGUUUGGUGCCAAAAGAAUGAUUUCCUAGGAACAUAUAGUUGAUGGCAAACAUGUCUUAAUUAUAUUUUUGACAUUAAAGGUUACCACAGCAACUGCAAGGCCUGCUUAAAAGUUGCCUUUAAUUUGGCUUUAAAUGCUACCUAGCCAUCCUGUUACAAUAUUCCAUAUCUCAUCAAUCAACGAACCUACAUUUUUUUUUUUUUUUGGGAAUAAUGAGGAAAGAAAAAUUUUCUAGAUAUACUGUCUGACUGGCAAAAUAAUAAUUGUGAAGUGAGUUACAUUCUCAGUGAAGGUGACCAAGACUCAAUUUCUGGUCUUUGCAUUUUGGGAAUGUUUGCAUUUAGUGGUUACUUUCUUUUCCUUUGUCUUCUUCUUUUUGCCAAAUCCACCUACUCAUGUUAUGAAAGUGACACCAAUGGGAAACAAAACUAUUCACAGGGAAGCCUUUAUGAUUAAAACGUGAAGUUAUUGAUCUUAGUAAUUGUUAUAUGAAACUUUUUAGGGUAGAAGUAUGUGAGAUGUGUGACAAUUUUUGGAAAUCUAGUCCCAGCCUGGCAACCAAACCUGAUGUGGUUGUACAGAGAUGAAAUUUAAAUUCUCUCAGAUGGUGAAACCAAUAAUUUUAUUUUCACAAUCUUUUAUAAGAGACUGAAAUUCAAAAGAAUCACAGAUAGACAUUUUCAUUAAAUUUGGUGAACAUUUUGGGAGACAACAACAACAACAACAAUCUUUAUUUCUACCCAGUAUUUUAAAAACAUUCCAAAGUUGAAUAAAUAAGGGUGCAGGAUAUCCUAAAAAAAACAUAAGGGCUUGUCACAGUAGGAUAUUCUAAAGAAUGAAAUUACAUUACAAUUUGAUAUUCUGUUGCAGAAAAUUUAAUUUUGUUCUAAUGAAUACUAGAGUGAUGAUGAACAGUGAUUUUGUUCAUCUUAAUUUUAUCUCUCAGGAGCUUUAUCAGAUCUCUGCAACAGGAGAAACAGACAACCUAAAAGCCAUGCUAAUCAGACUUCAAGAAGAAAACAAGAAAUUGCGAAUGGAGGUUGAAGUAUCAAUUAAUACCCAACCAGGUGAGUCUUUUUAACAUAAAGGUAGAGUUUACUGAGGAAAGUAUUCUUGUUCCUAUCUACUCUGUACCCCCCUCCUUGCACAUUUUGGUGGGAGGUGUAGUGGUCUCUUGAUUCUUGAUUGAGAGAGGUCUGGAUUGUUCAAGCCUUGGUUGGCAAGCUUGUUGUGUUUUGUUUGUGCACAGGAGCAUUCAUCCUUACAGUGUCUCACCAUAUUUGUGGAAGAUUUAAAAGUAAUGGCAGGGAAAAUUGGCAGGUUUUGGGGGGUUGUAAGGGAGGUGAGAAGUACCUGUGAUGGCAGGCAACUUAUUGAGAAGGAAUGGAAAUGUUCUUUGUACAACUUGUCACUUAAGGAUAAAGAGAUUAGGAUAAACCCUCUUGAUGAUGAAUAUGAUGAGCUUUUCAGGGUAUGUAGGAACUCUUCUGAAUUGUGAAGAUAAAGUUGACUAGAUGUGGAGUCCUCUGGGGCUCUUGAACCUUUUUUCUCAAUGGUUUCUAGGCUUCAAGUUCGCAAUGAUGAGUCAUACCUUUGGUAUGCUGACUGACAGUGAUUAGCCAAGUUCAUAGUUGUUUAUUUGAUAUAUUUGUUUCAAUGGUUAGCCUUGAAUUAUAUGAAGUGAGCCUUACUCAGAAUUUCCAGAGACAAACUUAAGGGGGGCGAUGGAAGAAACUUUUCUUAGUCUGAAGAGAGUGAUUUGUCAGGUCAGAGUACCUGCAUUUCCUUUUAAUUCAAAUUUUUUCAUCGUCAGAACUAUCAAGAAAUGGUGCAGGGAUCAAAGUUGGUAUUUGAUAUUGUUAUCACGUUACAUUGGUGAUAAUAGUACUCAACCAAUAAAAGCGUUCGCAUUCCUAUAAUCACUUGAAAUAUAAAUAUUAUUUACAGCAAUAAUAACUUCAAGUUAAUCUUAAACAGGAUUAAGCAGCAAUGGUUUUCUUGCUAGAUUCCCUAGAAGUUAAAUGACUUCUUUCUGUCAUAAAUAUUUUGAAUAAUGAAUUAUUUAUGUUUACAGCAACGGCGUACAUAAGCGCACCUGGCGACGCAGAACUGAUGCAAAAGAUGAAAGAGACGAUUGAUAAUCAGCGAGACUCCAUACGAAGUAAAAACAAGGAGAUUGACAGCUUAAGAACUGACCUUGAUGCGGUACGUAACAUCUUAUGCACCUUGCGUGACCCGCGUGACUUUUAAGCUCUCGUAGUUGGCAGGCUCACGCGAGUCACGUAAAUGAAAUGAGGAGAUGACUAAGAAGUCACGCAUUAGAGUUCCAGAUUAGGUGGGGACAGGAAAAGUGUCUGUAACUCUCCCUCUUUGUCAAGAAAACGGAUGAUUUGUAGUUAAAUCACAGUCGGACGUACAUUCCCUCGAAACUCGAUCCUUGGAUCUCGACUCUUGUUGACUGUAUGGAUCGAGGCUCGAGUUGAGACUCGACGAGGUCGGGGCCACUUUAUAAAUUUACGAGGACAUUCGAGAAAUUUUCUAGUCGAGAAACGAGGAAUCUUGGUGCGAUUAUCACGCCAUCAGAAGCUGCUUGCAUCUCUUACUCGGUAUAAAGUCUGACAAAGCGCAUUUAAGUUGUUAAAAUUUCGUGCCCGACGCGGCGGUAAAAUUUUUUAUGAACUUAUCGUCUUUUUCUUUUUAAAAUUCAAAACUGUGGUCAAGUGUGACCCUUAAUACUAGUGGGACGUUAGUGAAGGACGUUAUCUUUCUGGAAAAUCCCACAAACGCCCUUGUGGCGUUGGCAGACGUUGAAUUUUCGAUAAGGUAUCGACUACCUGAAAUGUCAGUUAAUCCUUCGUAGCUUUUCCUCGAACGAGCUGCAAAACUGCAGAGCUCUUCAAGGUGUGUUACAUCUGCUAGUGAACAUUUUUACAGGAUGUCGAUGGAAGGAGUACGGUGAUACAUCGUUACUUUCUUCUCCUACAUGUAUUUCGCAAAUCUUCGCACUAAUCCAACUGAAUACUCUUCCUCCUCAGGGUAAAAAGCAAAUUUAAUGAAAUAUGAAGUAAAAGAACGUCAAUUAUUCAGAAUGUCUUUGGUGCGUGAGUGUUGCUUGGAAUGACGCGAACUGUCAUUCGGGAAGAAAACGGAAUAGUUGUUAAUGAUGACAAGCCCUUAACGCGAAAAUAAACAAAAUGUUAGAUUUUUGACAUUUUUGGGAAGUUUGCUUUAAUUUGCUUUGAACAAAUCAGUGAAAGAAACUUCUCGAAGAAUCGUUUGAAGGAAUGAUGAACAGAAGAGGGAUAACACAACAAGCAUGGGGCAGGAAAAUUGAGGGCCGCAUUGUUCAAAGCUGGGUUAAGAUAACCCAGGGUUAAUGUGAAAUUUGAUUUCAGGUCCGACAGUUUUAGAAGAAAAUUCAUUUCAGUUCUUUUUGUCUUCAAUUUGAUUAUUGGAUGCUUUAAAACAAAAGAGAAAUUUUUCUGAAAAAGACUCUUGAAUAGAGAAAUAAUGAAACCUGGAGUAAAAUUUUACCCUGGGUCAGCGCAAUCGGCCUUCGAACAACUGGGCCCAUAGCAAUUUGUUUCGGGGCGUUUCUUGGCCAUGUUCAUAGCGUCACUUCCAUUCUAUACAAACUUUCCUUCGGUCUGGGGAGGUUAUCCUUUUUAUCUAAGCUGAGAGAUUAUUACUAGCACCGAACUCGUUUCUUAUAGGUAGAGGAACAAAUCGUACGGCUGACUAGCAUUAACGAGAGUGUCAGAAAAACCUUGGGCGCCAGUAAAGACCGAAUACACGAUUUGGCGAGGGAGAAAGCAGAGCUUCAAACUGAGUUGCGGGCACUUAGGCUCAGGGCCGAACCUCUGGCAGAGAGUGACGAGGACGGAGAUGCUGAGAGUGUGGAACAAUUUAUGAACAGCUACGGUAAACAACCGCUCGAAAAUCAUGGCGCAGAGGAAGAUAAAGAAGGGGAAGAUUUAGCUGAGGAUACAGUGAAAAAUUCCGACGAAAAUUCUGGAACCGUAGAAAUCAGCACAGAAAAUCCUCCUCCCAAACCACCGCGGCUUAAAGUUGAGGAAGAAGGUGGAGAAAACGUAGACGAGUAUAAUAAUAAUGAAACGAAAGUUGCUGAGGAUAAAACGGAACCGGAAGUGCAAGUUGAAAGGAAAGAAAAGGAAGUGCUCAUAAAACAAAUUGAUGAUGACAAGGAAGGGACUGGGGAUGAUGGAUGGGAAAUUGUUGGUCGAUCGUCGAAGAAAGUGCUCAAUGGAGAGAAGUCGAAGGAUGGAAGUACGGAAAAGAGAGAGAGUCAGGCACGAGCAGAAACCGGUAAUAAAGAUCCAAACAGACCACGUUACACAAAAGCAGAGAUGCUGGAAGUUUUAACAGAAAGGAACAAGUUGAAAGAACAGGUGUUUGCGCUGCAGGAUGAGCUGAAAAUAUACAAACCUGGGUAAGAAAGUAAUCUGACUCCUACACUGAAAAUAUUCCUAGAGUUUACUUCACACACUUCCGCAUGAUGCAAUGUCAAUGGGAAUCAACGCAUUUUACAACGGUGGUGUAAGUGUGUAAUUCUCAAGAAAGCUUGGAGAGAAAAAAGAAACUUUUUAUUGACGCCUUUUAAACAGCAGGAGGAUGUUUUGUUCGUAGUGGUGCCUUCAAUUUUUUUUCAGUUGUGGGGUAAAGCAUAUCACGCAAAAUUUAUACCUUCAUUUCAGACAAUAGCCAGGUUGUCGAAUAUCGUUAAAAAUUUAUGUCGUGAGAAGUCAAUUAUCAUGGACUGGUAACAGUAUUACUUUUCGCUGACCAUUUUUUAAAUUUCUCCAUAAUUAUUUUCAUUUAUUUUUGUCCAUAUCAUUAUCAAUGACGUGCACAAGUCCACGACAAACGAAUAUCUAACAUUGAGCCAUCAUAGUUGGAGUGAAAUGAGAGUGAUCUUCGCAGUGAUGAACAUUACAUAAGCAAUAGUGAAAAUCAAAGCAGCUAAAAAAAAAGAAAAAAAUCAGGCUUCUUCGGGAGUUGAACUCAUGACUUCUGCGUUAUCGGGGCGGCGCUCUAGCAAAUGAGCUAAAAAGCCAUAUGGAUGCCAAUCAUUUUGUAGGUUCGCAUCACUGCUUAAUGUGCUGUUUAUCACUGUCGAGAUCUUUUUUUUAUCUUCAUGUAUUAAUCCGCAGUUCAAAUAUACGAUAUUCAUGUCUUCACAAUCGAUUAUAGUUAAAGUGGUGAUAUGUUAACUUAGACGUUUUUUCCCUCCAAUUUCAAGGUAUACUGAGGAUGAAGCAUACGGUUACUCGAGUAAUAACACGUCACCCAGGAGAGUGUCAAGACGUGAGGAAUCUGGGAUAUCAAGAAUGUGAGUUUGUCACUUCUCUUCAUUUCUGCUCACUGAGUUGAGCUAUCCCCCACCCACCUCUCCUUCAUAAAAGGAGACAUAACAAUAGUUGACUAUUUGAUAUUUUCCUUUGCGGUCAGUGAAUAGUCUGAAGUGUCAGUCGUCAUCUCGCCCCAAUCCCCAAUCCAAAAUUGCGCAAUUUGCUAUUCAGGUGCCUAAUACAUGCUGUACGUAUGAAUUACUUCAAUCCGCUCUUCAACUUGAACCUAUUUUUUUUUCUUUUUCAGUUUCAGCAUCUUCACUCGAAAAGGAGAAAAUUGAC